CCAAGUGAACGCAAGUGGGCUUCGUGACCGUGAUCCCGAGACCAUCAACAGCAGCAGUAAACAACCCAACCACAACCACAAUCAGAUAACAGCGCAUCGAACGCCAGUCAGCACUACACCUGGAUACGGAAAUGCCCGCAGAACAAGCGUCCGUCGAAGUCCGCCGCAAGGCCGCUCGCGAGGUUAUUGACAUUCUCCACGAGAUUGCAACUCUGCUUAACACACAUCUCGACCGCCAACAGUUAUCAUACUGCGUAUCCUUGAUUGAGAAUGGCGCCAAUCCCGAAGCAUUAGCUGCAGUGAUCCAACAACUUCGCGAACAAUACCCACUGUCGGACGAUGGUGAUGCAGAGGUCUGAACAUAGAACCGUAAGCGCGCGCUGACCGUGAUCGUCGGUGGCCGAAACCUGUGCAGCCUUGCACGACCGCAACUCUGUUUCAGUUCGUCAGGCAGCUGCAUGUGGACGCCUGGUUAUGUGACCGAAGCGGAAUCUGCCGCUAUCUUUGAGGAAUGUGAAGGCCGUCUCGGCUGCCGAGUGUUAGUGUUGGCGGUGGGGGUUGAUGCUGGUUCAAUAGGAUGCCCCGAUCACCGAGAUCCCUGGUUCACCCGCAUGCAUUUUGGCGAGAAAGCUUGGGCUGAUGGAGGGGGAUGCGGGGGUACAGUUGGACACGCCAAGCGCUGGCUAUCAACCACAUGCACUGUUAUCAGAAUGUUCAGAAUGACGCGAUAAGGUGGGACCACGCGGCUAUACGGGACGGCAAUCCUCUGUUUUAUGCCUGACCGAGGGGCUGGAGAUCACUAUUAUGCGGAGGGCUCGGAAGG